UGAUGCGUCCGGAAUAUCUAAAGUAAAAACAAAAUGCACAACGGCGUUCUGUGCGUUUGCCUCUUUGCUCGGCCCCUCCAGCUCGCCUUCUCCCUCCCCGGCACAGCGUCAUCCCCCGCACCGCAAGCUCUCCCCUGCCGUCGAAUCCCACCUAACCCAUGGGCGCGCCCGGGUUUCGGCGCGACGACGGUAACGCUGCGGCGGUCGUGUCGCCGGAAGCCGUGCUGUGGAGUGGAGAGCUCCGACCGCCGCUUCCCCUUUGCCGCCGCCGGAGAGCUCUCCAACUCCAAUCGAGCUCAACAUGAGAAGCCGCGGGUUUCUGUAUUUGCAUCCAAAGGCGCUGUGCAGUUACAAAAUGGUAUUUCACUUCAGAAUGAGUACGUUGUUCCUGAAGAUGUUAAAGCUGCAGGAUUUCGGAUUGAUCCCGAUGAACUGACAUCUAUUGUUGAAAGUCGUGACACUAAAAGGUUGACUGCACAAGGCCAAUCAGCUGGAAUUGCAGAUAAGUUAGCAACAUCAUUGACUGAUGGGAUUAGUACAGAUGAGGACCUCUUGAAUCGGAGGCAGGAAAUAUAUGGAGUAAACAAGUUUGCUGAGAGUGAGGUCCGCGGCCUCUGGGAGUUCGUAUCGGAAGCACUGCAAGAUACUACUCUUAUCAUUCUUACUGCAUGUGCUUUUGUCUCCUUGGCUGUUGGCACUGCCACAGAAGGUUGGCCAAAUGGCUCCCAUGAUGGCAUUGGAAUUGUUGCGAGUAUCCUGCUUGUCAUUUCUGUUAGCGCAACAAGUGACUAUCAGCAGUCUUUGCAAUUCAGGGAUCUGGACAGAGAGAAAAGGAAAAUUCUUGUUCAAGUUACAAGGAACGAAUUCAGACAAAGGAUGUUGAUAGAUGAUCUUCUUCCCGGUGAUGUUGUUCAUCUAGCAGUUGGAGAUCAGGUUCCUGCGGACGGUCUCUUCAUUUCUGGAUUUUCUGUUUUGGUCGACGAGUCCAGUCUAACUGGAGAGAGUGAACCUGUUGAUGUAAAUGAAGGCAAACCUUUUCUUUUAUCAGGGACCAAAGUCCUAGAUGGGUCCUGCCAAAUGCUGGUUACAGCGGUUGGGAUGCGGACACAAUGGGGCAAACUAAUGGCUGCUCUCACCGAAGGUGGGAAUGAUGAAACUCCACUGCAAGUUAAACUAAAUGGAGUUGCGAAUAUUAUUGGGAAAAUCGGUCUAUUCUUUGCUGUCUUAACUUUCAUUGUCCUCUCACAAGGGUUAAUUGGUCAAAAAUAUCAUGAAGGGCUUCUUUUAAGCUGGUCUGGAGAUGAUGUGCUAGAGAUAUUGAAUCAUUUUGCUGUUGCAGUUACAAUUGUUGUUGUUGCGGUGCCUGAGGGAUUGCCAUUAGCAGUCACACUAAGCCUUGCAUAUGCAAUGAAAAAAAUGAUGAACGACAAGGCACUGGUCCGGCAGUUGGCUGCUUGCGAAACUAUGGGAUCAUCAACAGUCAUUUGCAGUGACAAGACAGGAACACUGACAACCAAUCGCAUGACUGUUGUCAAGGCCUGCAUAUGUGGAAACACCGUGGAAGUUAAUGAUCUGCUGAUUCCUUCUAGUUUGUCUCCAAAAAUCCCAGGGAUUGCUGCACAAACUCUUCUGGAGUCUAUAUUUAACAACACUGGUGGUGAAGUGGUGAUUAACCAAGAUGGGAAGCCUGAUAUACUUGGUACCCCCACUGAAGCAGCUUUGUUGGAAUUUGCACUGUCAUUAGAUGGAAAAUAUAAACAAAAACGUCAGGAAACUAAGAUUGUUAAAGUGGAGCCUUUCAAUUCAACCAAGAAGAGGAUGAGUGUUAUUCUCGAGCUUCCUGGAGGAGGAUACCGUGCACAUUGUAAGGGUGCUUCAGAAAUAGUAUUGGCUGCCUGUGAUAAGUUCAUAGAUGAUAGAGGUAGUAUUGUUCCCCUUGAUAGAAAAACUGCUGACAAGUUCAACGGUAUCAUUGAAACCUUUUCUAGUGAAGCACUUAGGACACUCUGCCUUGCUUAUAAGGCAUUGGAACAUGGUUUUAAUCACGAGGAAAUACCACUACAAGGAUACACAUUCAUUGGCAUUGUCGGUAUUAAAGACCCUGUGCGUCCGGGUGUCAGGGAAUCUGUGGCAAGUUGCCGGUCCGCUGGUAUUGCAGUGAAAAUGGUUACAGGAGACAAUAUUAAUACAGCAAGGGCAAUUGCUCGUGAAUGUGGUAUACUUACUGAUGGUCUUGCCAUUGAAGGUGCCGAGUUCAGAGAGAAAACCCCCAAAGAACUCCUUGAGCUGAUUCCUAAAAUCCAGGUACUAGCCCGGUCGUCACCACUUGAUAAGCAUACACUUGUGAAGCACUUGCGUACAACGUUCAAUGAAGUUGUUGCUGUGACUGGUGAUGGCACUAAUGACGCACCUGCACUACGUGAGGCAGAUAUUGGACUUGCCAUGGGCAUUGCAGGGACAGAGGUAGCGAAAGAGAGUGCCGAUGUCGUAAUUCUGGAUGACAACUUCUCCACAAUUGUUACUGUUGCAAAAUGGGGACGCUCUGUUUACGUAAACAUCCAAAAGUUUGUGCAGUUCCAGCUGACUGUUAAUGUUGUUGCUUUACUAGUUAACUUCUCGUCUGCAUGCUUUACAGGAGAUGCACCACUAACAGCUGUUCAACUCCUUUGGGUCAACAUGAUCAUGGACACCCUAGGGGCGCUAGCACUUGCCACCGAACCACCUAAUGAUAACUUGAUGAAGAAAGCACCAGUAGGAAGGACAGGGAAAUUCAUCACAAAUGUGAUGUGGAGGAAUAUUCUGGGGCAGUCAUUAUACCAAUUCACCGUCAUCUGGUAUCUACAAACUCAAGGGAGAUACAUAUUUGGGCUUGAAGGUUCCCAGUCUGAUAUCGUUGUAAAUACAAUCAUAUUCAACACUUUUGUCUUUUGCCAGGUGUUCAAUGAGGUAAGCUCGAGAGAGAUGGAGGAGGUCAAUGUUCUGAAGGGCCUGUCGGAGAACUCUAUUUUCAUAGGCGUCCUCACUGGCACCAUCAUCUUCCAGUUCAUCCUGGUCCAGUUCCUGGGCGACUUUGCAAACACCACACCUCUGACCCAGCAACAGUGGCUCCUUUGUGUCCUCUUUGGCUUCCUUGGAAUGCCCAUCGCUGCUGCGAUCAAGUUGAUUCCUGUGCAACCUCGUAAAGAAGAUGACAAACAUACAGCGUCAUAGGCUACACCAGGAACUCUGGCAAUGUAUAUAGGGUCCUGGUGAGCUGAUGAUGGUCAGUAAAUUAUCAUUUUUCAUGUAGUGUGUACAAUAAUGUUGGGCUGGCACAAGAUUGGCAGCAUAUUGCAAAGAAACGUUCAGUUCAAUGCACUUUCUGCAUGCCCCAGAUCAGCCAUGCAGUACA